GCAUGCAUUCAAACGUGAAAUAAUUUUGAGCCAACCACUGCAAAGAUUGUGCCGCAAAUUUAGCUUUAAGUCGCAAUCUAUUUAUAAGUUUUCUAUACAAAGUUACUUCCCUUUUAUAAUUUUACGCACCGAAGGAAGUGGGGAAAGCGGUAAUCGAAGAAGAUUAGAGACAGAGAAAGCAAUGGGCCUGUCAGAGAGCCCUUCUCCAGUGGUACAAGGUCCAACAUCUUGUGAAAUUGUUGAAAAGUCCUGGAAGAAGAGACUUUUGCUGAAAGAUGCGAGGCGGUCUUUUAUAUCAAUCUUUAUGAAUAUUGCUGCCACAUUUUUCCUCUACUUGGAAAUGAACUACAAUGUAGUGUCUGGUAGUCUGGAUGUAAAGAGCAAUAUAUUGUGGUUAAUAGAAUUUGUGGUAAUCCUGGCGUUGAUACUCAAUAUAAUCUCUGAUAUAUAUACCUACAUAUCAUACUGUGUGUUCAGUAGACAACUUGAAGUAACACAGGUCCAGAAACAGCUUCUUGGAGUUAGAGAUAACGAUCCAGGAUUUAUGCUGUCUCCAGUGAAGCCACAUUCUUCACCAUCAAGUGAGCACAGUCUAGUGUUCUCCAGCUCUCCAUCAAGCCAGACUGCCUACUCCCCAUCAUCCAGUCCAUGGAGCAGUCUAGGUCAUGUGACACCUACAAAUAUAGGAUCAUUCACUGGGGCACAUAGUUACGCAAGCCCUGGAGCAUCAUUUUUAUCAAUGUCUGGCAGUCAUCAUACAUCCUUUGACAGGAGUGCUAGUUUCACACAUGGCAACAUGUCAGGUUAUUCAUCUGGUGCCUCGAUGUCACAUAGUUUACCGUACUCACCAGGAAUGUCUAUGUCUAGUUUAGACGGUAGCGGUCUACGAUCUCGGCUCUCAAUGUCAUCAUCCUUCAGAUCUCCUUCUCCAUCAGACAAGAUGACAGAUCUACAGUCAUUAUCUAUGUACCUUAAGGAACAGGAUGAGAAAGAAUACAGGGCACAUCUCAGUUCUCAGGAUAUGUCAUUGAACAGCUCCUCGUUUUGGAGUUAUGGUCGACCAAGUAUAGACUACAGUCAUAUAUUAAGAAAGAAUCAGUACCAGCUAGCUAGCAGAUCACCACAGUCACAUAAAUCUAGAGCUGAUGAUAAUGACAAUAUGGGUGAAGAGGUGUGGGGACCUCUUGGUGUGACAGACGAUGACUUGUUUUGUUGGAUUGAAAGGCUAAGAAAGUGGAUUGGCAACACAAUAUUGGUGAAAUUAGCACAAGAAAUUAGCAAUGUUAACUCCAAACUGAGAAAGAUAGGCUCAGAAGACACUGAAAUUGGAGAGGUUGGAGUGUCGGUACUAAAACAGCUGGCUUUGACAAAGAGUAUACAUAUUCCUACAUUAAACGCAUUAGUGCCGUACCUGGAGUGUUCAGACAAUCAGGAAUAUCUCGUGAAACGUAUCAAAGAAUUAGGUAGUGAUGGAUGUUUCAGUGAGUAUUAUUGGUGUAGUGGUGGAUCAGAUGGUAACUAUGGUAACACAUGGGGAGAACAUCUUCCUACUGAUGCUGGGUUGGUGAUGCAUAUGUUAUGUUGCUACCUAGAUGCAAGGCUGCCACCUGACCUGAAAUACCCAGAUGGUAAAACAUUCACCAGUCAACAUUUCAUGAAAACACCGGAUAAAAUAGAUCUGAAGAAAAACAACCUAUUACUGUAUCAGAGCAGUAUUAACCCACCACACUUCCAAGUUGUCAUAAAAGAUACUAUAUAUAAUCUUCCAAAGGGUAGGAAUAAUCUGUUUCACGCCAUUUUGUUUUUCCUGCAUCACGUAAAACACAUAGAAAAUGGAAUGUUGGGGAGAGUUAACCUGGGCAUGUCUGGUGUGAAUAUACUUUGUGUUAUAGAUAACUGAAGGCCAGUUGGUGCCGAAAAACUAUGAACUGCUCAAAACCUGACACAGCAUGCCAUGAUGACUGCGAUAUCAUAACAAUGGACAGUUCCUAACCAAAAAUGUAUAUGGCUACAGGGCAGCUUGUAUAGAUGAAAGUGUGUAAAGUGUGAAUUUAUAUGAUAUUAACAGAUGUGUAAAAAAAAAUCGUGAGAAGAAUUUUAAAUGUGCUUUGAUAUACACAUAUACCUUGGAUGACUGAGAUGUAAGGAUUUAGUCUCCAGUGAGGUUCAAUGACCAAAAAAAACUAAUAGAAUCGAAAUUCAUACUGAUAUCCACUUAGGUACUGGGAACGAAAAACAUGAAAACAUUUAAUAAAGACACACACUCUUGAGUUUAAUUGAAAAUCAAACCUUCUUCGAAGGAAAGCCCAAUUACAGUUAAAAGUGUGUUUAGGCGCUUUUACAUUUUUACAUAAAAAUAAUUAUUCUUGAAAAAUUCAGUGAGAGAUUUAUUUAACAUUUUGCCUACCAGUUAUUUGGCAAGAUCUACAUUAAAUAGCAUAUAAAUGUCUAAAAUAAUUUCCAAUUCAGUUACAUUACAAAAACCUCAGUGGAUUAGCUUUAAAUUGUCGUGAUGACAGAUGUUUUAGUAGAUUUUAUUUGUAUAGGUAAGACAGGGCUAUUCAGGUGAUACCAGAUAGUGAAGUAAAGUAUUAUACAAAGUAGAGGUGGUGUUUUUGUCAUAGAACUUUUAGUACUGUAUUUCCUCCUUAAAACAUCUUUUAAUGUCAUUUUCUUAUUUGGGCAAGUAAUUUAAUAUCUCAAGUCAUUAUUUCAUUUGAUACCUGCAUUGACAUAAUCUGUUUAUAAAUGUACACACGCCUCCAGAUUCAUACUAAUUUUCAUGAAAAUUUGAAAAUGUAUUUAACAUUAUAUUAUUCUGAAGCUAUCAAAGAAUGCAAUUUACACAUUAUCAAUGGCACUUACAACCAAUGUAAAUUACCAAAUAGAGGUAAAAAUAUGCAAAAAUGGCCCUUACUGCGUUAGUAACACAGUAGAAAUAUAGUUAUAAAUACUGAAAAAUUGGUCAUUAAUCGCACAUAAAAUGUAAAUUAUUACUAGAAUUAUGAAUCUUUAUACUUUUCCUAAAAUUUUAGUACAUUUUCAAGUUUGAUUUUAUCGAAAUUUCUGUGCUCAUUUGGAGGCGUGCAGCUUUAACAUUUUCAUUUAAUAUAUUUUUAUCAAGUGUGUGACACUUAUGUGCUACCUGAUUUAUCAUCAUUAUAUUUUUAAAUGAAAGUGUUGACAUUUUGUAAAUAUUUGUUAUAACUGUAAAUGUGACAUCAGUGGAAAAAAACGUUUUUGUACAAAAUUGUUUGAAAACAAUAAAUAUUGAUUUUAACUUU